GUGGAAUCAAAAUGACCGGUGUAAUCUUUCACCAGAAAUGGACAUCUGAGAAUGGCAAGCUCUGAGACGGGUAGUUGCACAGUCUGUCACAAACUGCGAUGUCAAUACAAUAAAGCGCUAGUGGAACCAAGUUUCUUUUUAGUCCAUCUUGACGUUUGUGUUCUUACUGAAAAAUCAAGAGAAGUGAGAGAAAGCGGCGAAAACUGAAGGAGAUUGAGAAGAUCGUGAGUGCUUUGAGAAACACCGAGGGCGGAGAUGUGUUGUUACAUCUAGACGGACAAACAAGGGACGAUAAAUAUCUCGGACAUCUCGACGACUUUCUGGACAAUAGCUUGAACAAUCUAAUCCCUGACGGUAAGCUGUUCAUUGAGUCAUACACUCGCCAAUGGCUGCACGAAUGGGAACAGUUUGAACAAUUUCUGGAUGUUGUGUUGCUGAAAGUUACCAAAACACCAUUCAUAUCGACAGUUGAUUUUAAGACGAAAGUAUCCUCAGACUUCAAGAUUGAGAAAGCGUCAACGAUUAAUAUCGUGUCAAUUUUGUCAAAUGACGUCCAUCCUCAAAAAGCACUUCCCAAGCUCCGUGGAUUAGAUCAAUAUACGACCCUACUGCAUGAAAACAGAAGGACAGAAUUAAAAGUUUACAUGCCCAACAAAAAAAAUAGACUCAGUUGGAGAAUUUGUUGAUUAUGUUUGGCAGGACCUGCGCUUUAAAGAAAAUUUAAGCUGUUUGUCUAAAGUGAAGGAAGGUGGGUCAUUUUUUCUUGGAAUAAAUGAGCUGCGACAUAACAAAAAACCUUACGAAUCGAAGAUCAUCGAACUGUGGGGUGUAGAUGUGCCUGGGUCUAUAGCAGAACUUAGAUCAUCAGUGUUCAAGAAGAUCAAGGACGAAGCUGCAUUUCUAAGCUUCGAUGGACAUUUGCUGGACGUUCCAGAGGACCUGGUAGAAGUAGAAUUGCACAGGUUCACAGACAAAGACAAUAAGUUUAAGUAUAUUCUUGAAAUCGCAGUUGGUUGUGUUGAGGGCAUCGUGUUCUAUGAAAAGAAGGGACCAGAGACAUAUACAAUUCAAAAUGGUACAAUUUGUAGAAUGGACUUCAAGGAGUGGCUCCGCCGAAUUCAGAUGAUGUCCCUUGAGACCAGGCUUUCUGACAUGUCUUUGGUGUAAGGAUGCACCUACCUGUGGAUCCGUUGAAUUCAGAUGAUGUUCCUUAUUCCUUAAGACCAAUCUUUCUGACAUGUCCUUGGCUUAAGGAUAUACCUACCUGUGGAUCUGUCGAAGUCAGAUGAUGUCCCUUGAGACAAAGCUUUCUGACAUGCCUCUGGUUUAAAGAUAUACUUAACCGUGACUCCGUCGAAUUCAGAUGAUGUUCCUCACGAUCAAUCUUUCUGACAUGUCUUUGGCUUAAGGAUAUACCUACUGGUGGAUCCGUCGGAUUCAGAUGCUGUACCUUAAGACAAAACUUUGUGACAUGUUCUUAGUUUAAGGAUACACCUACCCGCCAACAUGUCUGAUUACCGAACGCACAAGCGGUCAGGGUCCAUGACGACGUCUUUAGGCAGCUAUGGUCAAUCCAGCGGCUCCGUGUCCCUGGGCAUGUACUCGGAUCAGAUCAUCGUCAGUGGAGUGGGGGAACAAGACGUGUCUUCAUCCAGCCCAGCAUCGUUACGACGUAGUCCACACACGGUUGUUCCAGGUACAGACUUCUUGACAGAACAUGCUGUGUGUCUUAUACAGAGUACAUCUCCAGGUAGAUCCUCCCAAGAACUACCUGGCUACUGCCCACCUGUCUUCACGUACGACUUCACAGAUACGAUCCAUGAACAUGACGAUUUUCUGGGAAGGUACAACAGAGGUUACUUUUCACAGUGGAUUGCCACAGAGCUUGCAGGUAAAGGAUUCAUCUAUCCAAAGAUCAUGGUCGAUUACCUGUCAGAUGUUGCUGAAACUGUUCUCUUAGAAAUAGAGAAACUGUGUGAAGAAGGAUACUUUGCCUACAUCGGCCACUCGCUGUUGGCCACCCUAAACAAGACCCUGAACGGAAAGUUUCCUGACAACGUGCUUUGUGACGUGUGUAUUUUCCGAGAUGACAGUCCAGUGUUGGUCCUGACAAUACUUACAGAUGGCCUCAAACUGGACAGAGCCAAAUAUUACAACUCUCAGCUCGCCAGGGCAAUCGUCAGCAUUGUAAGGAAAGACAUUGCGGACUUCUCCGUCAACAACGGUGUUCUGACUUUAGAGCAGUUCCACUCCAGUGAAAGAUUUGCUGAAGACCUUGAGCGGAUUGUCUCAGAAACAUCCAAAGGGGCAACAGCUGGAGCGAUUCAAAUGAAUCCAAGGAAAUGUCACGAUGUGAUACAUCUGUUUUUGAAGCAGGUUAAUUCUUGCUUCUCUCGAUCUGUGAAAAGUGUUGACUCCUAUUACUGUUUUACAGGAGAAAGUUUUGAUUUUUUUUCUGAAAUGUUGGAAGAUCGACGCCGUGUUGGCGUCACGCUGCCCUCAUCUGACUACGCAACUCUGAUAGUGAGUGAGAUUGUGGUCCGACUCAGUGUGGUCUCAAAGACAGUCACUGUCACCUGUGUCCAGGAUUACCUGAAGGAACUGGAAAAUCUGAGGACAUUAAGAAACAACGUGCAGGUACUGAAGUGUCCUUCCACGGCUUGUGAACAGGAGUCUGGCCCUGCUCCCGAUGUAGUUGUGACAACAUCGUGGAGCACCAGCGCCAAAUGGGAAUUCUACGUCAGACACGACUAUGGCCUCGAAGACACUCCAGAAGGAACUGCACGUCCAGGUGACUCAGGAGCAUCUACUACAGACAACAAGGAGGUGACGCAGGCAAGGAAGGUGUUGGCGUCGGCGAUAGUGGAUAAUGCAGGCUGCGCACGUAGUCGUGGAAGGGAUGACGUUGCUCAACUGGAGGUGAUGAUGGAGUUUACGUUGCAACAGUGUGCACAGCGGGCAGCCAUUUUCCUCCAGGACCAUCUCCCUGAUGGAGUGGACGUGCGGGAGUUUGACAGACUGAACAGUUUCAUGGAGGAUUACCUCAUGCAGAGCUUCCGGCAGCGGAAUCUGCAGCUUCUGUUUCGGGAGGACGUCGGUGUUUCUGAUGCAUAUAUUGAAUCGAUAAGAAAGGUUUCCCCCAUCCUUAUCCGUGGCCUCGACUUACAAUCUACGCCUCUGAUGGACCGCCUCAUCAGCAGUGACGUCAUGUCUGAAGCAGGAAGAGAGAGCAUCUUGGCACGCCCAACCAACCAUUCGAGAAACAAAGCCUUCGUUACCUACCUGCGAGGUAACUUCACCCACGAAACAUUCAAGGACCAAUUCCUCCAAGUGCUUUCUGAACAAAACCAGACCCUGGCUAAGGAAGUGGGGGACGAGCUGGAGAGGCUGACCGUGUCUAGUAGACGGAGAACAAAGUGUCCCUUCUGUAAGAUGAAGGAGACGGUCAACAUCAGGCAACUGGCAGAUUCUCUGUAUCAGAUGAACGAAAUUUCUCAAUCUCUACAGCAGGAUUUGUCGGCCUCGUAUCUCCCAGACACAGUGAGAUGGUCGGAACUGUUCAAGCAAGUCACAAGCAUGAAAACUAUAAUGAAAGCGCUUGAAGUUAAGAAUGAACGUCUUCACCGAGAAUUCAUCACUCACGAACGAGGCCUUUCCAAGAGUCGUUUUUGCCUGGAAUGUACAUGUGAUCAUUCUGAGCAGCUUGGUGCUGUCGCGGGGUCGGACACCAAGAGUGAUGUGGCCAAUAUGUCAGAUUUCCACGACUGACGGACAGCCUGAUCAACUCAACACUGAAAAACGUUCCCAUAUUUCCACAACUAACCGUCUGAUGUCCUCAACAAUGUAAAUCCUACCCAGAUUUCCACGACUGACAGUCUGAUGCGUUCAACAAGGUUAACCGUUCCCAUAUUUCCACGACUGACAGUCUGAUGUGUUCAACAAUCUAAAACGUUCCCAGAUUUCCAAGACUGACAGUCUGAUGCGUUCAACAAGGUUAACCGUUCCCAUAUUUCCACGACUGACAGUCUGAUGUGUUCAACAAUCUAAAACGUUCCCAUAUUUCCACGACUGAUAGACAGUCUGAUGUGUUCAACAAUCUAAAACGUUCCCAGAUUUCCACGACUGAUAGACAGUCUGAUGUGUUCAACAAUCUAAAACGUUCCCAGAUUUCCACGACUGAUAGACAGUCUGAUGUGCUCAACAAUCUAAAACGUUCCCAGAUUUCCACGACUGAUAGACAGUCUGAUGUGUUCAACAAUGUUAACCGUUCCCAUAUUUCCACGACUGACAGGCAGUCUGAUGUGUUCAACAAUGUUAACCGUUCCCAUAUUUCCACGACUGACAGGCAGUCUGAUGUGCUCAACAAUGAAAAGCGUUGUCUUUGAGGAAAAUAAAAUGACGUACUUGUAAAGGAAA